AUGAAGAACGACCAUUACCUUAUUGUUUGCGCUGAGCUAGAGACGGAAGUCGCUCUUCUGCGGGAGACUGCGCAGUCAGCUCAACCACCGGAGUUUCCAAAGCCGCCGUCACCCUCCCCUGUCUCCCCAACUGACCGUCAAGAUGCUGUCGUUUCCGUGGUUGCCGACUGUAAAACCUCGGAGACACAAACCUCAGACGACAGCAACUCCGGCCUAACUACCCCCACCACUACCAUCACCACACAAACGGAGAAUGCUGCAAGUAGACCGGAGGAGUCCGUACCUGAUUUGCAAAACCAACUCGCCGAGUCGCAAGCUGCUUACACCCAACUGGAGGCACGCUUCCUGGUCGUCUCGGACCGACUGUCACGGAGUGACGAGAAGAACAGUCGCCUGGAGGCCACUGUUGCCCAGCUAGAAAUGGAGUCUUCCACCAUUGGCGAGUACAUUACGCUGUUUGCGCACAGGCGUAUGCUGGCCACGAAGCGUGCUCGACUGCGAGAGGCCUUGCUAGCCCGACUUGUCUCUGAUCGACGGACGCUGCGCAAGCGGCUGUCCACCCUUAUGGCAAGUGCUGCCGCUGGAGAGGUCACCCACGAUGCCACUGAGCAUACCGACGACGACGACGACCAUGAACACCAUGGCCACUCCCACACAGUGGCUGAUAACCACUGUGAAUCGACAGUACCAGAAAAACUUUUUAUUGGUAGUCUGGUUCCCAUACGGUUUGACAAAGGUCGCGUUUAA